GCAGCAGCCAUGGCGAACCCCUUCGCACACAUACUGGAACCUCUGGACCCCCAGACGCCAGAGCAUCAAUACUACAACCUCACCAAGCUCAACGACCCCCGAUACGUGCGUCUGCCGUUCUCCAUCCGUGUGUUGUUGGAGUCUGCCGUGCGUAACUGUGAUGAGUUCCUGGUGAAGAAGGAGGACGUGGAGAGCAUCAUGGACUGGCAUCACACCCAGACGCGCAGUGUAGAGGUCCCCUUCAGGCCAGCACGCGUAAUACUGCAGGACUUCACUGGUGUUCCUGCAGUAGUGGACUUUGCUGCGAUGCGCGACGCGGUCAAGUCACUAGGGGGCGACCCUGAGCAGAUUAACCCCAUCUGCCCAGCAGACCUGGUCAUCGACCACUCCAUACAAGUGGAUUACAACAGAAAGUCAGACAGUCUGCAGAAGAACCAGGACCUGGAGUUCGAGAGGAACCGCGAGAGAUUCCAGUUCCUAAAGUGGGGUUCCAAGGCGUUCCGCAACAUGCGCAUCAUUCCUCCGGGUUCCGGAAUAGUGCACCAGGUGAAUCUGGAAUACCUGGCCAGAGUGGUGUUCCAGAGGGAGGGGCUCUACUACCCUGACAGCCUGGUGGGCACAGACUCACACACCACCAUGAUAGACGGACUCGGAGUACUCGGAUGGGGAGUGGGCGGUAUCGAGGCUGAGGCGGUGAUGUUGGGCCAGCCAAUCAGCAUGGUCCUCCCAGAGGUCAUCGGGUACCGCCUGGAGGGGGCGCCAGAUACCCUCAUCACCUCCACGGAUAUAGUACUGACCAUCACCAAGCAUCUGCGUCAGGUUGGUGUGGUGGGGAAGUUUGUGGAGUUCUUUGGUCCUGGUGUUGCUCAGCUCUCCAUCGCGGACCGGGCCACCAUCGCCAACAUGUGCCCUGAGUACGGGGCCACGGCCGCCUUCUUCCCUGUGGACACAGUCAGCAUACAGUACCUGCAGCAGACAGGGAGGGACCCUGAGAAGCUGCAGUACAUCGCUGACUACCUGAAGGCCGUCGGAAUGUUCAGAGACUACAGUGAUGAGACACAAGACCCAGAAUACACACAGGUGGUGGGUCUGGAUUUGGCUUCUGUCGUUCCGUGCUGCAGUGGCCCCAAGAGGCCUCAGGACCGCGUGGCAGUAUCCGAAAUGAAGACCGACUUCAACACCUGUCUAGGAAGCCCGCAAGGGUUUAAGGGUUUCCACGUGGCUGCUGAUCGUCAUGCCGACAGUGUUGAGUUCCAGUAUAACGGCGUGGACUACUCUCUGUCACACGGCUCCGUCGUCAUAGCAGCCAUCACCAGCUGCACCAACACCAGCAACCCCUCCGUCAUGCUGGGAGCAGGUCUGUUGGCUAAGAAGGCUAUUGAGAUGGGCCUGAGCGUGAAGCCGUACAUCAAGACCAGCCUCUCACCAGGAAGUGGAGUGGUGACCUACUACCUGAAGGAGAGCGGAGUCAUGGACUACCUAUCACAACUAGGGUUUGAGGUGGUGGGCUAUGGCUGCAUGACUUGCAUUGGAAACAGUGGACCUUUACCUGAACCAGUAGUGGACUCCAUCACCAAGGGGGAUUUGGUUGCUGUGGGUAUCCUAUCUGGCAACCGUAACUUUGAGGGUCGUGUGCACCCCAACACCCGUGCCAACUACCUGGCAUCCCCUCCACUGGUCAUUGCUUACGCCAUCGCCGGCACCAUCCGCAUCGACUUCGAAAAGGAACCCAUAGCGGUGACUGCAGAGGGUAAGGAAGUGUUCCUGAGGGAUAUCUGGCCAACCAGAGAGGAGAUCCAGAGCGUUGAGCGGCAGUUUGUCAUCCCUGCCAUGUUCAAGGAAGUCUACGAGAAGAUAGAGAAAGUGAAUGAGCGUUGGAACUCGCUGGCAGCCCCGUCUGAUAAGUUGUACACCUGGGACCCCAAAUCCACAUACAUCAAAUCACCACCAUUCUUCCAAGGACUGACGCGAGACCUGAAGUCUCCAGAGUCGAUCAGUGAUGCGUACGUGCUGCUGAACUUCGGAGACUCCGUCACCACCGACCACAUCUCACCUGCCGGGAACAUCGCACGCAGCUCACCUGCCGCACGAUACCUCACUAGCAAAGGGUUAACUCCUCGUGAGUUCAACUCGUAUGGUUCUCGUCGUGGUAACGAUGCUGUGAUGGCCAGAGGAACCUUCGCCAACAUCAGACUCCUCAACAAGUUCCUCGGCAAGCAGGCGCCCAAAACUCUCUACCUACCCACUGGGGAAACGAUGGACGUGUUCGAUGCAGCUGAGCGGUACCAACAGGCGGGUCACGCUCUCCUGAUUCUGGCCGGUAAAGAGUACGGAUCCGGCAGCUCCCGAGACUGGGCCGCCAAAGGACCCUUCCUAUUGGGUAUCAAGGCUGUGUUGGCUGAGAGCUAUGAGCGUAUUCACCGUAGUAACCUGGUUGGCAUGGGCAUCAUUCCGUUGGAAUACAAGAGUGGAGAGAACGCACACACACACGGACUCACCGGCCGCGAGAGAUACACUGUCAACAUCCCAUCACAACUCACACCGCGCAUGCUGGUGGACAUCAAGUGUGACAGUGGUAAGGAGUUCCAGGUGGUGAUGCGUUUUGAUACGGACGUGGAGCUGACCUACUUCCAGCAUGGAGGCAUCCUCAACUACAUGAUCCGCAAGAUGGCCGCCCACUAGCACACACAACAACAUGGCCGCCCACCAGGAGACAAAAUGGCCGCCGGCCGCUGACACACAAGACGGACGCCUCUCUCAACCUCAUAUCUCCUCUCCUCUCCUCUCUCAUCCUCAUAUCUCCUCU